AUGAUGAAAUCUAUACCGUGUACCAUACUGUCUGGGAUAUGCCUUUUACCGGCAGUUUAUGCCAAAGCCCUUUGGGCAACCGAGCCAGCGAACAAUUUCACAGACAUCAUCAGGACCGCCUAUCCGGUCGGCAAUGGACAACUAGCCGCACUACCUUUCGGUAACCCUGGACAUGAGAAACUCAGCUUAAACGUUGAUUCGCUAUGGAGUGGAGGCCCGUUCGAAAAUUCGAGCUACAAUGGAGGAAAUCCUCGAUCUUCGGUUGCAUCUGCACUUCCAGGUAUACGUGACUGGAUCUUCAAGAAUGGCACUGGUAACGUGACCGCUCUGAUGGGCGAUGACAACAACUAUGGGAGCUAUGCUGUUCUCGGAAAUCUGACCAUCUCAAUCGACAAGAUCUCAAACUUUACUGCAUACAACAGGUCUCUCGAUCUGACCACUGGUGUGUACACUACAAACUUCGAGGCCGGCGACAGCAAGUAUACGAGCAAAAUCUAUUGUUCGUAUCCCGACAGUGUUUGCGUGUACGAAGUUUCUUCGACUGGCACUCUGCCGAUCAUCCAUAUAUCGUUUGAAAAUCAGCAGUCUAAUGCCUCCUUGGUCAACUCAAUAUGCUCGACAUCAUCCAGGACCGCAUCAUUUGUUGGCAUCACCCAAGCCGAGAUUGGUAUGCUAUACCGUGCUGAAGCCAGAGUCGUGGGAAAAUCAGCUUCACUCUCCUGUUCCUCAGGUAUCCUAACCAUCAAACCCAGCUCGCAACAACACUCUCUAGCGUUGGUCGUCGCUGCAGGCACCAACUAUGCAGAGACUAAGGGAACAGCAGCUGCCAACUACUCUUUCAAGGGCUCAGACCCAGGAGAUUACAUUGCCACUAUUGCAGCUCUGGCGGCAGCCAAAGGAGCUAGAGCAUUGCUGCAGACUCAUGUUGCAGACUACUCCGCUCUGUCUUCACGCUUCACACUCAGCCUACCAGACACCGCCGGAUCUGCAGGAAAGCCUACAGCAGAACUGAUUGCCUCUUACCAAGGCACCGAGAACAUAACAAGCGAUCCAUAUCAUGAAUCACUUCAGUUCGACUAUGGUCGUCAUCUGUUCAUCUCUUCGUCACGCCAGAAUUCUCUACCCCCAAAUCUGCAAGGCAAAUGGGCCUACGGUCUUCAAAAUGCUUGGGGUGCCGACUACCACGCCAACAUCAAUCUACAAAUGAAUCAUUGGGGUGUAGAUCAAACCGGUCUUGGAGACUUGCAAGAAGCUCUGUGGCGAUACAUGGUUCAGACAUGGAUACCACGAGGCACCGAGACUGCAAAACUACUGUACGAUGCACCAGGCUGGGUUACGCAUGACGAGAUGAAUAUAUUCGGUCACACCGGUAUGAAGACGGGUGACGAAUACUGGGCAAACUAUCCAGCUUCAGCAGCAUGGAUGAUGCUCCACGUAUCCGAUCACUUCGACUAUUCUCAAGACCUGAAAUGGCUGCGAGAAACCGGAUACCCACUUCUCGAAGGUGUAUCUGCGUUUUGGCUCAGUCAGUUGCAAGAAGAUGCCUCUUUCAAGGAUGGCAGUCUGGUAGUGAACCCCUGUUCAUCGCCAGAACACGGGCCUACAACAUUCGGCUGUACACACUAUCAACAACUCCUCCACUCCCUCUUCACAAACACCGUCUCCGCUGCAAAAGCGCUUCACAUCUCUUCCCCUCUCCUCCCCGACCUCACGCAUGCCUUGCAUCAUCUAGACACCGGUCUCCAUAUAAAUCCCUCCCUACAAACCCUGCAAGAAUGGAAACUCACCGACCUCGACACCACCUACAACACAAACUCCACCCACCGCCAUCUCUCCCACCUAAUCGGCUGGUUCCCCGGCUCCUCAAUCUCCGGCCUCCUCUCCGGCUACACCAACACCACAAUCUCCACCUUCGUCCGCAACACCCUCCUCCAACGCGGCCCAGGCAUCACCGACUCAAACGCCGGCUGGGAAAAAGUAUGGCGAUCGGCCUGUUGGGCACGCUUGAAUGACUCUUCCUCCGCAUACGACGAGUUGAAACUUACCAUUUCCCAAAAUAUCGCUUCUAAUGGUUUGUCCAUGUAUUCGGGCAAAAACGAGCCUUUUCAAAUCGAUGCGAAUUUUGGGUUCGUGGGGGCGGUGUUGGGGAUGUUGGUUGUGGAUAUUGCUGGGUUGGAGAGUGUGGUGUUGGGGCCUGCUGUGCCUAAAGAGUGGGCUGGGGGUAGUGUAAGGGGGCUGAGGAUUAGAGGGGGUGGAAGUUGUGAUUUUGGAUGGGAUGAGGGGGGUGUGGUGCAGGGAGCGAAAUGCAAAGGUGUUAGGAGGAGAGUUGUUAAUGUUGAGGGCAAGGUGCUUUGUUAG